GACAUUUUGAGCAUCUGGUGGAUGCCGAACCAGGCGCAGAAGAUGAUUAUCGACUCGAAGUUGCAGAGCGAGCUGCUCGGCAAGGGCGAGAACAGGACGCACAACGCGCCAGGCCAGAUGGAGACCGGCGACGAGUACGCGGACAGCAUCCGGAAGGAGCUCGCCGCCAGGGACUUGAUGUCGAGGAUCCCGCCAGUCCUGCAGCAGAGCGUUUCCAUCGACGGGAACAAGGUAUUGCUCAAGGUGUCGAGCCGCUUCCGGCCAUCGAGCCCGGACGCGUACAAGCUGGACCACUUCAUCCGCGAGAAAUUGCUGGGCGAGCCGAUCACCUUCGAGGUCCAGAACCGGAAGUACGCGCUUUCGGUGCGCCACCAGUCCUGCAUGCAGGUCUCCGUCGACGCCGGCACCGCGCUCCUGCGCUACGCGCCGAAGGCCCUCGCCAUCUUUGCGCCGCUGGUGGCCAUCGCGGUUGGCUCCUCCUUCGGGUCCGCGUUCCUGUCGGCGAAGCUGGCGCUCACCGUGAUCGUACCGAUCCUGACAACCUAUGGUAUGGCUGUCGCAGUGUACCAGAUGAACGCCUUGAAUUUCUUGGGGAUCCAGAUGUGGCAGGGCACCGGCGGCCUGGACUACCGGCUGAUUAUGCUCACGGGCGCGAUCCUCUUCG